AUGGCAGGAACCAGGGAGCAUGUGAUAUCCGUGGAGGAGUUGCUGUCGAGAAAGGCUAGCCUUUCUGGUGAAACAAGCAGGGACCGUGACAUUUCCUGCCUGCAGAGGCGGGUCGUUGAAGUUAUUGAACACGGAGAGGAAGCCUGCGAGCUGAAAAAAAAGAGGUUUGAGAAACUGAGCCAAGCAGGAGAUCAUCCCAAUGGAGGUCAAAAGGCUACACCAAAAAUACAAAAGGUUCCGCUGUUGCUGCAAGAUCACAAUCAUUUCGACAAGUAUUUUAAGCCAAGGAUUGUAGCACUCGGUCCUAUCCAUCAUGAUACGCCAAAAUACCAGCCAGCAGAGGAGUACAAGCUUAGAAUGACAAACUGCUUCGUCAAGGAAAGUGGUAAAGAUGCUGUGUCCUUGUACAACGUAGUUGAGAACAACAUCAAGCAACUAAGGCAGUGUUUCGACGAGAAGGUGACCGAGAAAUAUAGUGAUCAGGACCUCGCCUGGAUGCUGUUUGUGGACGGUUGUGCAAUAUUACAGUCCAUACAUUGUGCUGUUAGCAAUACAUGCAAAGAUUGGAAAAUGAAAUACGAUCUGAUGGCCUUUGGGACACAGGAUUUGUUCUUGUUGGAGAAUCAACUUCCUUAUAAACUCCUUGAGGAUUUGAUGAAUUCUAGCACAAAGAAAGAUGAAUUGGAGAAAUGCAUCAACGAGUUCAUCAAUAUGCAGGCGUCGACACCGAAAGCUGGGACUAAGGAAACGAGGAUGCCUCUCCGGUGGCCGGGAUUCCUAGGCAAACGCAAAAGUCAUGGCCCCGACGCUGGCGAGCAAAACAAAAUGGACGACAAAAUCAAGAGUAAGGCGGUGCUGGUCGACGAGGAAGGGACUACGGAAAGGGAUCCGAACCACCUUCUCGAUCUCCUCCGGACGAGAAUCAUAGGCGCCAAACCCAAAAGAAGUACUUCUGGCGACAAGAAAGGAACAUUGCGGUCGUGUCGCAACGUGGAGGAGCUUAGAGCAGCAGGAAUCCAAGUGAAGAGCUGGGAAGGUGCUGAUUCCUUGAUAGAAAUACGUUUUAAUAAAUUUCUCUACGCGGGACACCUAUGGCUUUCUCCAAUAAUGGUUGAUGACUCAAUGGGGCCCAAGUUCUUGAACUUGAUAGCCUACGAGAUGUGUCCGGAUUUCUACAAUGACUUCGAGAUCACCUCUUACAUAUCAUUCCUGGAUUCCCUCAUUGAUAACACCAACGACGUAAUGGAGUUGAGGAUUGCGGGCAUUCUCCAGAACCACCUCGGCAGCGACAAAGAAGUGGCUCGACUCUUCAAUGAGAUUGGCACCGACUUGGUUCCUGACGCCGACGCAUAUGCCACAGUCGACGCUGACAUUCAGAGUCACUAUGAUACUCCGUGGAAGACUUGGAUUGCUCAAGGCAUCCACGAUCAUUUCAGAAGCCCCUGGACGGUUCUGGCUUUUUCGGCUGCCAUAAUAGCACUCGGCCUAACUUUCAUACAGACUUGGUUCGCAUUCAAAGAAGACAGAGGUAAUUCCCGACCCCGGCCAGUUCGGCGCUAG